AUGAACCGGCAACGAGUCACUCUACUGGUAUUACUUCAUCUCAGUGCGGCCUUUAAUGCCGUGGAUCAUAGUAUACUGCUUGAUCGACUUUAUACAGUUAAGGUUCACUCUUGGUUCACGUCAUAUCUACAUGAUAGAUGUCAGUCUAUAUCUAUCAACGGCGAAACAUCUCGGAGGUUUGAAGUACAAUAUGGCGUGCCGCAAGGAUCCUGUCUCGGCCCUCUCCUCUUUACCCUGUAUGCAAGCAAGCUGUUCACGAUUAUUGAACGCCACUUGCCCGAAGCCCAUGCGUAUGCAGACGACAUACAAUUGUACGUGUCCUUUAGUGCUAACUCCCGCGACGAUCAAUCAGCUGAUGUUGAGGUCAUGCAAAGAUGCAUUGUGGACAUAAGAGAAUGGACGUUGUCGGACCGGCUCAAGCUAAAUGAUGGCAAGACUGAGUUUGUUCUCAUAGGAUCUAGGCAGCAGCUUGCUAAGGUCAACAUUGACGCCUUACACGUUGGUGACUGUGUGACCCCCCUAUCUAGCGCAGUGAAGAACCUCGGAUCCUGGUUUGAUGAACAGUUAAAGAUGGAUAAACACAUCAAUAGUAUCU